AUGUAGAUCGUUGCCGAAGGUGGCCAAAUUACAACACAAGCAGAGUUGAUAAUAGAGAUUGAAGACGUCAACGAUAAUACGCCGGAAUUUGUGUCCUCAUUAAACAUGACGGUUAUUCCCGAUUUAAAAAUUGGUUCUGUGUUGGGAAAAGUUGAGGCCAAGGACGCAGAUGAUUCAGAACCAAGUAACCAGAUAAUUUAUAUCUUACAAUAUGGUGGUAUUGACAAGAUAAACCUGAAUUCAAAGACAGGUGAAAUUAUUUUGAAGAAGAGCUUUGUUGAUGAUCCACUUCAAUCGGAAUUUAACUUGGUGAUAGAAGCAAGAGAUAUGGGGUAUCCUGCCAGGACAUCCUCGACUACUGUUCAGAUCGAAGUCCCGUUAAACCAGCCACCUGUGGUACCAGAGAGUGUGUAUUUUACGCUAGAAGAAAAUGUUGCUUUAGGAAGUAGAGUACAAUCACUAGGUGUAACAGAUCCUGACAGUACAGAUUAUCUCGAAUUUAAACUUCUAGAUAAAACAGUGCCGUUCAUGUUAGAUGACCAGGUGUUAAGAACAGUUGACGUAAUCAAUGCAGAAAGGAAUUCCCAAUACAGUUUUAAAGUACUAAUUAUAGAUGAGGGAAUUCCCAGUUUUACCGUGACGACAUUAGUUAAUAUUAACGUCACUGAUGUCAAUGAUAACAUUCCCCUAUUUAAAUCUACACAUUAUAUGGGCAAUAUCAAAGAACAUGGAUUAAACAAUAAAGUUAAAAUAAAUCCACCAAUAGUAAUCGAAGAUGCGGACAUUUCUAGUCGACCAGAAGAUUUGAGAUAUGUUUUGGUCGGUGAGCAUGAUGAUAUGUUCAGAAUAAACCCAUUGACAGCAGAGAUACAAUCAGUCACACCAGAGGAUUUAGAUUGUGAAAAGAAAUGUUUGUAUAAUUUGAAGAUUAAAGUGGCAGAUGAGAAGGGUAUAGGAUUAAGUUCCACAGUACCUUUAACCAUAACUAUAGAAGAUGUCAACGAUCAGGCUCCUACUUUCGAUUUCAUUUAUUCAGUUCAUCUGAACAUAUCAACUCUACCUGGGUGGCAAGUUGUUACUUUGAGAGCCACGGAUAAAGAUUUUAUAUAUCCCAAUAAUCAUAUAAUAUAUUUAUUAGAAGAUGGAUUUGGGAAGUUCAGCAUUGAUUCUAAAACAGGUGAAAUAUGGUUGACCCAUUCGCUAAUGGACGGUGAAGUACAGGAUAAAUAUGAGCUGAAGGUGUCCGCAAUAGACUCGGGAAUACCAACCCAGACUGGUAUCACAACAGUAACAGUUAACGUCAUUAGAAAUCAUCCACCUUCCGUUAAUCCCGUCUACAACUUUUUGGUCAAGGAAGAUCAUCCAGUGAGAAGUUUUGUUGGAGUGAUAGAAGCAAAAGAUCCAGAAGGAUUAGAUAAUAUACAAUUUCGUAUCAACGAAACCGAAAUGCCGUUUUACAUCGGUCCAGAAUCCGGAGAACUCUUCUCAACUGCUGCAUUAGACAGAGAAAAAGAUGCGAUGUUCACGUUUAAUGUUUACGUCAUCGAUUCGGGCGUACCAGCAUAUACAGUGACGUCAGCAAUAACUGUAUACAUUGAAGAUGUGAAUGAUAACCCUCCCACAUUUAAAGAUGGCGAUUAUACUGUUUAUUUGCCGGAAAAUGAAGUCAUACAAGAAUUGAAAUUUAAACCGAAUGUGUCUGACAAUGACGCCACACCAAUAAAUCAACAAAUCAAGUUCUUUCUGGAAGAUCCUAGUCAAUUAUUUCACGUGGAUGAAUUAACAGGACAAAUAGAGACCAAGUACCCAAUGACGUUUGACUGUGAAAAGCAGCAUACGUACAAUAUUACCUUAAUUGCACAAGAUGGCGGUGGAUUGAAAUCGAGUAAACAAGUCAAUAUUCAUAUCAUGGAUAAAAAUGACGUAAGACCAAUAACCCGGAAAGAGUUUAAUUUUACGGUCCACCCUUCCAGACCUCGGGGUGCUGUUGUAGGUCGAGUAACAGCUGAAGACUUGGAUUAUACGGAAGAAAAUCAGCAGUUGACAUAUAUUCUCAAAAAUGGUGGUCUAGGGAAAUUCACCGUGGAUGAUGGGUCGGGUAUCAUAACAUUAUCAGACUCCAUGCUGGCUCAUCCAUACAAGGACGCUUACCAGCUUUUAAUCGAGAUCAAAGAUUCUGGAAAGCCUCGAUUAUCCACAGAAACACUUGUUAACAUUAUUGUACCUGUGGAUUCGUCUCCUAGAGUACCAGCUGUGAUUCACAUCCAGAUAGAAGAGAAUGUUGUCCCUCCGAUAGUGGUUGGAAAAAUAUCGAAUAAGGAACCGAUUUCGAAGGACGGGUCUGUAAAACCACUCCAUUUUCUUAUGUCGAAUACUACAGCACCCUUUGUCAUUGAUGAAAAGUCUGGAGACAUCACGUUAGUUCGAAGACUGGAUAGCGAGACUAUAGACCAGUAUACAUUUGCAGUAGACGUGGUUAAAUACGGUUAUCCAAAUUAUACUGUCACCUCUCAAAUUAUCGUAGAAGUUGUAGACGUUAAUGACAAUUAUCCAGUCUUUAGCUCACCAUCAGGUUAUAUUGGACAUAUUGAUGAAGAUUUGUUAUCCAGACCACCAUCUACAAAAGUUAAAUUGAAUGAAGGUAUAUUUGUCAGUGAUGAUGACGCCACACUAGAUAAUCGUGAGAUUAGAUUAAGAUUAAUAGGUAGUGUAUUAUUUGAUGUUGAUGAUAUGAAGACUGGUGUAACUGUAAUUAAGCCUGGCUUCCUCGAUGCUGAAGAUGCUUCUGUCUUUCAUCUGCUGUUAGAAGCUAGAGAUAUGAAUGGACAAGGUUUGAUAACAACUACUAAUGUUACUAUUUAUAUCGAUGACGUCAAUGAUAAUCCUCCAGUAUUUGAAGAAAUAAGUGAUGACAUAAGUAUAUCCUACCUGACGUCACGUGGUACCAAAAUAGGAAAUGUUACCGCUACAGAUAGCGAUGUUACUCAACAAAAUAGUCAAAUUACGUACUGGUUAAUUGACGGUGGUUAUGCAAAAUUUGAUAUACAACCUGAGACUGGUGAUGUGAUCGUAGCUGAUGAUUUGUCACGUGAUCCAUGUUUAGAAAUGUAUUCCCUGUCAGUAUUGGCUGUUGAUAACGGGUUUCCUCGAUUAUCGUCCAAUAUAACGGUGAAUAUAACAGUCUCGAUCAACAAGCCACCCGUCCUUGAACCAAUAAUAAAUGUCACUGUACUGGAAAAUGAAAACACAUCAACCAAUGUAGCCCAGAUUAACAUAGAAGAUCCCGACUUUGAUAUAAAUAAACAUGAGUCGAUAGAGUUUUACCUGGAUGAUAUUGACGCACCAUUUGAGUUGGAUAAAUACAGUGGUAUGUUGCGAACAAAUGGACCAAUAGAUAGAGAGAUGACAGAUCAUAUGUCAUUCAUGGUGCGUGUUGUCAAUGAUGGUGCGCCACCUUAUACAGCUUCUACCAUGGUAACGGUUUCUAUUAAUGACACGAACGAUAACCCACCCAUCUUUUCUUCACCAACUGGUUACCUAGUGCACAUCCCGGAAGAUAUAGGCAAUAACGAGGAGGACAACCUCGUAGAAUUGAACCAGGAGUUUCGCGUCACAGAUGAAGAUAAAACAGAAGAUAAUAGAAAUAUUGUAAUAAAAUUAAUUGGAGAUGGUUCGGAGAAAUUUGAAUUUGAUCAAGAGACUGGAAAGCUCAGAAUAUUGAUGCCUGAAGACUUCGACUGUGAGACAAAAUGUCGAUAUGAAUUUAAGGUAAUAGCCACAGACCAGAACGGAGAAGGUUUAUCUACAUCAACCAAUUUAACAGUUCAGCUAUUGGACGUUAAUGAUCACAGACCAAUAUUCCGGCAGCAGAAUUAUACAUUUAUCAUCAACCCAUCAACACCCCAUGGUUUUAUUGGGGGAGUGUCAGCUGAUGACGAAGAUGCCACGAAUCAAAAUAACCAGAUCACAUAUCUACAUAAAUCUGGGGGGUUUGGUAAAUUUUAUGUAGAUCCAAAUACAGGUGAAAUUCACGUCGUCGAUUCUUUGAUCCGAGAACCAAACUUAGACCAAUAUCAACUGGUGAUCAUAGCUCAAGAUAAUGGCGUCCCACGUCUCUCGUCAACAACAAACAUUACAAUCGACGUUCCGGUAAAUCACCCUCCAGUAGUUGAUAUUUAUCGACAUGAUAUAGAGGUACCAGAAGACGUCCCUAGAGGCCACAGACUAAUCAAGAUAACUGCUAAAGAUAAAGACAUACGUCAGACAUUGACUUAUGUAUUGAAAGAGAAACGAGGGCCUUUCUCCGUCAACCCAGUAACAGGUUGGCUGCAAGUCAAAAGAGCUCUUGAUAGAGAGAGCCAUCAGACCUAUAAACUGCACGUGCUUGUUAAAGAUGGAGGAGAACCGGAACUGACUGCAAGUUGUGAAAUCAGAGUUACCGUUCUUGAUGUUAAUGAUAACGAUCCUAUAUAUGAAGGUGGAGAUAUAUAUCAAGGUUUUGUAGAAGAAAAUAUUAAAGAUAACAAGAAACCCCAGAUUGUUCGUUUGGAGCGGAAUAUUAGUGUCAGUGACCAUGAUGCCACUUUCAUAAACAACAAAGUCAAGCUAUAUCUACACGGUUUGGGUAGCAACCUGUUUAAAUUGGACUCUAAAACUGGUCAAAUAGUAACAGCUAAAACAGCUAACAUUGACAGAGAAAUUCACGACUUCUUUCAUUUUAAAAUAGCUGCAGUUGACAGUGGUACUCCGGCCAGAACAUCAACAGCUACGGUGUUUAUAUCAGUUGUUGAUGUCAAUGACAACCAUCCCGUCUUCUUGUCUUCAACCAUCACCUUUACUGUACCGGAAGAGAUAGAACCAGGUGGUGUGAUAGGUCGAGUAAUGGCGGUUGAUAAAGACGCUACGCAACCUAAUAAUCUACUCCUAUAUCUACUUGAAGAUGAGCCGAGUGGCAAGUUUAAGGUUGAUAUAAAUACAGGCACUAUUUCUGUAUCUGAGGGAUUUUUCGCAUCACCAAGAAAAUCUAUAUAUAGAUUUAACGUGACUGCUCGCGACCUGGGAUUCCCUGCAGGUAUUACGUCAUCCGAGGUUACUGUUCGAGUUCCGGGAGUGGAUUACAAACUUCAGUCGACUACACAGGAAGUGCCGCCAACCCAGACAGUGAUGGUGUUAAAGGAAGAAGUUCCAAAUGGUACCGUCAUUGGUCGACUUGAUUCUGAAAUAAAUCACCAGAUUAAUAAUAUUCAACUAGAUCCUGCCAACAAAGACCCAGUCCCAUUUACUGUGAAUCGGGACGGAACAGUCGUAACCAGUGGUAGAAUAGACCGUGAGACUGGACAACCUUUCUACAAGUUCAAAGUUCUAACUGUUUAUAACUGUACUCCCCAAAUCAACACAACUCGUGACGUCACAGCAAUAGUUGAUGAUGUGAACGACAAUCCGCCGUCAUUUCCUUUAGAUGAAUAUACCCAUACCGUGUCACGUGAAUUUCCUAAAGAUAGUGUAGUGGCGACACCUGUAGCAUUUGAUGAACUUGACGAAAAGCCGUCUGCUUACAGUUAUUCUCUAUCCGGUCCUACAAUGGAGUGUUUUGCCAUCAACAAAACUAGCGGCGUUGUCACGACAACAGAUCAGAUACAAAACCUGACUGCGCCUCAGAUUCUAUCGUACACCGUCACUGCACGUGAUAUCCAUAAUCCUGUACUAUUUGCUAGAACGAGGCUAAGAAUUCACGUAAUACCCAAUAAUAGUUCCAAUAAUAUCAAUAAUUCUUGUUGAAAUCAAUGUAUAUUCAUGUAGUAAAUAUUUGUUAAAUUAGUAUAUAACGCACACUGUAUCUAUUACGUAAUAAAAACGUCAACCAUGUUAUAUAA